AUGGUCUCGACUACUAAUAUUCUCGUUACUUUGCUUUCUUUAGCAGCCACAAUAUCUGGCGCAUUGAUCGGUCGGGCUACUGCGUCUGUACAAACUCCUCCAACAGGAGUAUCCAUCACCGUUAUCAGUUCCAGCUGGCCAGGAUGCUCACCAAGCCACCCUGCUGCUGUUCAACUCUUAGAGCAGGGACAAUCACUCUCCUUUCAAUACGAUGGCUUCACAGCUUUCACGGAUGUGACGGAAAGCUCCAGCGACAGAUCUUGUAGUGUGGUUGUGAACUUCGUUUAUCCAGAGGGCUACACGCUCGGUGUCCAGAAUCCCGUCUUUCAAGGAAACACGGAUGUAGCAGAAGGAGCAACAGCUGAGAUCAGAGCUUAUUCUCUGUUCAGUGCUUCGGACUCCACAGUCUAUGAUAUCGAUGAAGCCGAGGUCGCAGGUCCUUUCACGGGCAACUAUUCUCUCACUGGAUCUGAUUCGAGCGCUCGAACCCAAAGCUCCGCUUGCGGAAGUGGAAGUACGACUCUCAAGUUUGCGACAAGACUCAAUGCUCUCGGUGGCAUUCCUAAUCCAUACCCGGCGAAUGCAACCAUCCAACAUAACGCCACUACUGUAGACCUUGUGUGGACUCCAUGUUGA